AUGGACGAUCCGUCUAUGAUGCCGGAUUUGUCACAUCUGUCCGCCGAAGAACGUGAGAUUAUUGAGCAGGUUUUCAAACGACAAAGGGAUGAGGAAGCCAAAGAGACACAAUUAUCACAGUUAGUUUUUUCUGAAAUUUUAGAGAAAUUUUAACUUUGCAUUACCUGUUAAAAAAAUUCAUAAAAUCUGUUCACCUACCCUUCAUUUUCCAGAAAAGCAUCAGAAGAAUUAACCGAGCUCGAUAAACAAAUCAACGAUCGAAAAGAAAUAUCAAAAAAGUUGAUCGGCACCCAAGACGAUGCAAUUUGUCAGAUUUGUCAAAAGACAAAAUUCGCUGAUGGUAUAGGUCACAAAUGUUUUUAUUGUCAACUUCGAAGUUGCGCGCGCUGUGGUGGCCGUGCACAAUCGAAGAAUAAAGCGAUUUGGGCUUGUUCACUUUGUCAGAAACGUCAGCAAAUUUUGGCAAAAACGGGAAAAUGGUUUCAACCUGAAGAACCGGUUCAGCCGAAAAUCAGUGUUUCCGGACCGACGCCUACACAAGGUGGCAUGGAUUCGCCAUCGAUGAUGAGUUUGUCGAAUUCACAAACUGGCAUGAAUAAUGGUUCACCGAUGCCGCAAGGUCAAAGACAAGCUGAGCCUCCGGAUAAAAUGUAUCAACAAGGUGGGAAUGGGCCUAUGAAUGGGCCAAUGAAUGGGCCGAUGAAUCAAGGGCCUAUGAAUCAAGGUCCGAUGAAUCAGCAAGGCCCGAUGAACCAGCAAGGCCCCAUGAACCAGCAAGGCCCAAUGAAUCAACAAGGCCCGAUGAAUCAGCAAGGCCCAAUGAAUCAAGGACCUAUGAAUCAGCAAGGCCCGAUGAACCAGCAAGGCCCGAUGAACCAGCAACAAAAUCCCGCGAAUCGUCGACAGCAAAAUCAAAUGCCGAAUCAAAACCAGCAACAAGCUCAAAAGCAAUUUCGAAAUCAACAGCAAUCCUCAUUCCAGGUUGGUAUUUAUUUAUUUUUUGAAAUCUGAUACGUUUUGAACUCAUAACUCAUUUUUUUUCUCGUCCACUUUUUUUCCUACAAAGGGAUUAGCUAGUUUUUGCACUUUUUGAGCGCCUGAGAAUUUUCCGGCUCAGACUUGGAAGAAGUCUGAAUUUUUCAUGAUUUUAAGAAAAAACGAAUUUACAUAAAUUCAGGGACCUAAAAGUCUAUUCAGAUCAAUUUUUGUGAGUUGUACAUAGAAAAUGAAAAUGUUACCCACUUCUAUAUGUAUUUUCUCUCUAUUUCUCUAUUCCUCUUUCUCUCUCUCUCUCUUUCAAAUAAUGACGACUACGACAUCAAUAAAUUGCCCGUUUCCGCUAUAAGAUGUUGUAACUCACCCCUUUGGAAGCUUGUUAUGUAUACAUACUGCAAAACUAAUAGGGGUUUUUUUCUAGCAGCAGCAGCAACAAAAUCAGCCACAGUCUUCUUCUCGAGGUGGUAUGAAUAUGCAGCAGCAACAGCAACAGCAGCAGCAGCAGCAGAAUAUGCGACCGCAGAAUCAACAAAAUCAGAACCAGGGAAUGAUGAAUCAGGGAUUCAAUAAUCAACAAAACCAAAAUUAUGGACCAAAUAAUCAAUACCAAAAUCAGAAUAUGAACCAGAAUCCAAAUCCAAACAUGAGCAAUCAAAUGCAUAAUCAGAAUCAUCACCAGAACCAAAAUCAGAAUCAAAAUUUGAAUCAAGGACAGCAUAAUAAUUUCCAACAAAAUUCACAAUUCCAGAAUCAAAAUCAGCAACAAAAUCAAUUUCGUAAGUCCCUAGGCCUAGCAAAAAACAAAAGUAAAUUACUUUUUGUUUCAGAAACUGGCGAGAGCAGCAAUAUCUACAAACAGCCAUCAUUAGAGGUUAGCUAAUGGACUUUUCCUUUUCUUUUCCCCCGUUUUUUUCCUGAACUACUUAACUUUUUUUCCGCUAUUCACAUCAGUUAGAAAAAAGUAACCCAUGUGGAAGAUUUUGGCAACAAAAAAAAGUUCCAAUUUAAAUUACGUUCCACUUCUUCUUUUUUUUUUGAUUACUUUUUUCAAUCUCAUUUUUUUUCAGAGGACUGCUUCACAAGGAAAUUACAAUCAACAACAAGACAUGCAACAACGGUAUGUUUUAGAAUUUUUUGUUGGAGAUUUUCUGAUUUUUUUAGACCGACUUUCUACACUGGAAAUUCUUGCAAUGAUCCAAACAGCUUCAAUCAACAAGAUCAAUCAAUGAAUCGCAAAAAUCGUGGAAAUCGAGUGACAGAGGAAGAUUAUGCAACUUCUGCUAACUUUGAAUCGAAAAAACGUAAUUUUUUAAAAGGGACCUUUGGUUUGAAGUUUCUGGUACUGAAAAUUCACAUUACAAUCCCAAAUUUUCUGAAGACUUCAAAUAAUGUUUUACCAUCAAAUCAUAUGAAAUUUAUCUUGUUUCAGAAUUAGGCCUUUGAAAAUUAAAAAAAAUUCAAUAAUCUUUCUUCAUUUUCAGACCGGAAUCAUAAUUCGCAAAAUCCACAACAGCAACAACCAAAUAUGAAUUCUCAAGGUGUUCGAGCCUGUCCACCAAACGAUGAUCAUCUAAAUAGGGUUAAAAAUCGAUUGCAUCGGUAAGUUCCCUCUUAAAUUUCAUCAAUUCUUGUUUCAAAUUCUGACAUACAUAAAACCAUAAAAAGUUCCCCCUUUCUUUCAAGAAAAUAAAACCAACUAGUCUUUCAAGAAGCAGAAAAAAAACAUCAUUUUCAUUUUACAGACGAACAUAAAGCUAAAAAUAAAAUAUUUCUCAUUUCAUAUUCUGCCUUUUUUCCUCCAGCUCCAUCCAAUGCGGAGCCAAAAAGAAAGAAAAAAGAAAAAAGAGCUCUUUGCCAUCGCGAACCAAUUAACUAAUGUAAAUAAAAUUAGUAUUCCUCUUCGAUCUCUCAAUUUCAUUCAUUCAUUCAUCCUUUUUUGGUCCUCGUGUUUUUUAUGACCUCACAUUUUUUUAGACAACUUCGUUCAAUGUCAUCAUCUGAAGAGGAUAUAAUGGCUGGAGGUGGUGGAUCGACACUGAAAAUGUCAACAUCAGCAGUUGUGGCAGCGGGAAACAAAACGUCAUUUCACGAUGAAAUGGGUGCUUCAAAUGUUCAACGACUUUCUGAAGAAUGUAAUUCUGAGAAGGGUUUGUGUAUGUCAAAAAUGCGGGCAAAAGUGUUAACCUUUGAUUCAUUUUCUAGAUCUUCUUCGAUACAUCUAUGGAGAUUGCAAAAAUCCCGACCAAGCUCAAAAUCCUCUCAAAAGUGAGUUGUGAGAAAAUGGCAUUUUUUUUUGCAACUGGGUGCGGUGUUAUAUUUCAUUUCGUUAAUUCAAUUCAUUUAGAUAUGCAACCAAAUCGUCGACGUGAAAAAUCAUUGUCUGUUUCACCUUCUCGAAAUCACGAUGCCUUUGGGUCCGGAAGUAUAUCUGGUGGUGAUCUGCUAGCAUCAAGAAUCCGAACUUUUCUAUCGGUAUUAUCUAUUCUUUCUAAUUGUGUUUGUGAACUUACAAUUUUAUAGCAUCCGGUGACUUGGCAACCAUCAGCAGAUCAAAAACGUCUAAUCGGUCAUAUGAUUCUACACCGCACUGAAAAUAGUUUAUCAAAUGGUGAUUUAGGUUUGAAAAUUGUUGGUGGAAGAAGAACAGAUACUGGUAAACUUGGCGCUUUUGUGACACAGGUCAAGCCAGGAAGUGUUGCUGACACAAUCGGAAGAUUGAGACCAGGUAUAUUUCAAUUCAAAAUUUUGGACCGUACAAUUAAUUUAUAAUAUUCAGGCGACGAGGUUGUUGAGUGGAAUGGGCAAUCUUUGCAAAAUGCAACCUAUGAACAAGUUUAUGAUAGCAUUGCAGCUUCAAGAUAUGAUACUCAAGUUGAAUUGAUUGUUUCGAGAAGUGCUAUGUGAGUUUGAAAAAAGAAACAUCUAAUUUGAAUUUAAUAUUGUUUAGUUUGCCUGGUGGAGAUGAUUUUUUGAAUAUGACACAAGCACAAUCAUCCUUAUACUACCAUCAACCAAAAUCUGCAACAUCUUCUUCACAUCAUCAACGACAACUUCCAAACCCUGAACUAUUUAUUAGUUCGACAGGAGGUCUUACACAGAAGGAGCAACAAUUGUUGUCACAUUCACAAUCCGCAGUUUUUGCGCCAAACAACGCGUUAACAUCAAGAAAUCGGUCAACAUCAAGUUAUUAUUAUCCAGAUACAGCAGCCGAUCUUGGUAUUCCGUCACUUCAUGCAGCACAAUCACAACAAACAUUUGGAACGGGUCAUAUAUUCGGUCGUAUUGAAGUGUCAUUUGUUUAUUCUCAUCAUGAUCGACAAUUAUCGGUAGCCUUGGAACGGGCAUAUGAUCUACCGCCACGUCCAGAUGGAACACCAAGAAAUCCAUAUGUCAAAAUAUUUUUGUUACCUGAUAGAAGCGAGAAAUCAAGAAGACAAUCAGCGGUGAUUGCUGAAACUGUCAUGCCGGUUUGGAAUGAAGUUUUUUAUUAUAAUGGGCUCACUGAGCCAAUGAUUUUGCAGCGGGUAUUGGAGGUAAAUAUUUAUAGGAAAUGUGAAAAUAAAAUUGAUAAUUGCAGAUGACUGUUUGGGAUUAUGAUAAAUUUGGAACAAAUAGUUUUCUCGGUGAAACACUUAUUGAUCUUGCCAGCGUUCCUUUAGACGGUGAACAUUCUUUGAUGUGCACACUUGUUGAUAUGGAUGAUGAUAAUCCAUUGAGAACUCGGCUGAAGCUAAGAAAAUCUUCAUAUCAUCAACCAAUUCGACGACCUCAAUCUGAAUUGAAUUAUUAUGAUCAUUCACCAUAUUACAAUAAUGUUGGUGGAAGUGGUUUAGACAACGAGGAAAACGAUGAAUAUUUGGAUGACGAUGAUUUAGAAAAUGAUAUUGAUCUAGCAACAGGAAGUGUGCUUCGGAAAUCGAGAGGUUAUGAUAGACAGAGACGUGAUAAAUCACAUGGAUAUGCUGAUUGGUCAAUGAAUCAUCAACGACAAUCAGGAUCUGGUUAUUUAUCUGAUCAUGGAUAUGGAAGGCAUAAUAUGAUUUCUCGAACUUUCAAUCGACGACAACAUCGGAGGCCAAGAAGUGCCACUGCCUUGAUGCAUAGUGAUGUUCGAGAUGGUAGAAGUGAGUUCUGUGACAUGGGAAAUCAAUAAUUUUUUUUGUUUUUUCAGUGGGACAAGAUGAUCGAUAUGAUCAUCGAAAAUAUUCUGAUCGUGGUGAAGAAGACGACUAUGCAAUCAAGUAAGUAGUCAUGUUUCCAGUUCUGUUUUUCAAAAUCAAAAAAAAUAUUUUUAGCGGUCCACAAGGUUCACAAUACUAUGGCGGAGAGAAUAGUAUCUACGAGGAUUCACGAUAUAAAAUAACUCAACCGCAUCUCCCGCAACAUAUGCACAAUCACACACAAGGGCAUAAUCAUAAUAAUCAUUCUGGACAAUUACAACAACAUCCAGCAAACCAGCAACAACAUCCACAACAAAAUCCUCAACAACAAAAUCAGCAGCCACAACAACCAAAUGUUCAGAGUGCACAUCAUUUACCAGUUCAGCCUGGCGGUCAACCACAACAAGGUUAUUAUAGUGAUGGAAGUGAAACGAUGAGUGUGCAUUCUUGUAAUAGUAUGCCGAUGAUAACGUGAGUUAGGAAGGGUUAAUCUGAUUCUGAGGAUAUAUGUAGUUUGGGCAUUUGAGCUCCCAAUUAGGUUGAGCUUUUAGGCCGUUUGUUUUCUAAAGUAUCUCAUGAUCAGAACAUCUUAAAAAUAUUAAUUUUAUAUUUAAGCUUCAUCAAAAAUAACAUCUCAACCAGAAAUAGAUUCGCACUAUUUUCAUUUGAACUUAGGAAAACUCUUCCUAUCAACCAAACCUUAUCAUUGCAGAACAAUAAACCGGCGAAAUCUGAUACAAAACUCAAAUGCAAGCGAAAACAAUUCAUAUGAAGAUGGAAAUCGGGUCACCAUCAAAGAAGCAAAACAAUCAUCAAAUGCUAGUUCGAGCUCAUUAGGAAAUAGUCAAACGGCAUCAAAUACAAAUUCGGCUGGACCGAUGAAAGAACGAAAGAAAAGUUUGAUGACUCGAUUUAUUCCUGGGAGAAAUGCUGGUGGAUCAGAAGGCAAACGAACUGGAUUUGCGAGAUCUGAAGAAGUUGGAAUACCAGGAAAUUUAUCUUCCGAUCGUCUUGUCGAACCAACACCUCCAUUUCUGAAACAAGCCAGUAAAGAGAGUACUGAUUCAGCACAUUCUGAUAAGUGAGUUUAUUUAUUGGUAUUCUAUCUAUCUUUCUUUCAUUCUUUCUUACUGUACUUAUAGUCAGCUUCUUCUACUUCUUUUCAAUUCAAUUGUAAACAUUUUAACUGUAUUUUUGUAAUGAAAAUUAUUGAACAAAAAAGUUGAUUUGAAUACAUUGUAAAUUUCACUGUAAAGUAAAGCAUUUUCAAAUUUAAGCUGGUUGCCAAUUCUUGCCGAUGGACCACUUGGAACAUUUGUUGAUAAUUUGGGACCAGGUCAAGUUGUUGGACGACAAGUAUUAGCCUCACCUGUGCUCGGAGAAAUACAAAUAGGCCUAAUGGCUGGUAGAAGUGGAAUAGAUGUAGAAAUUAUUCGCGCCAAAAAUCUUGUUGUGAAACCCGGUGUGAAAAUUUGUCCAGGUUUGAGUUUUCUCCUUGUUUUUUUUUGCAUAUGGUUUGAAAUUAAGUUCGUUAUGUUUCAGCUCCCUAUGUUAAAGUAUAUCUUAUGGAAGGAAAACAAUGUGUUGCAAAAGCGAAAACGAAUGCGGCGAAUAAAACAACUUGUCCAUUAUUCCAACAACAUCUAAUAUUCAAUGAUAAUCCGAAGAAAAAAAUGUUGCAGGUAAGGAAAGAGUUGGAUUACACAAACAAAUGUGUGUUUUGGUUUUGGAACAUUUGCUCUGUUUGAGUAUAAAGAAGGGAUGUUUAGUCUGAAAUAAUAGAAACCCGCCGCUAAAAAUUCAAAAAGUUUUAUAAACUUCAUUUUGUGAAUCUUCUUCGCAGGAGCCUUGAAAUUUCUAGAACGUUGCAGUAUUUUUUUUAAAAUAAAUUCCCUAUUUAUUUUCCAAAAUCCUAGAUUUCCGAAAAGAACUUUCCAAAACACAUUCACUUCAAAAAUCCACAAUUCCAAUUUUAGGUAACAGUCCUUGGUGAUUACGGUCGUAUGGAGCGAAAAGUGUUCAUGGGAAUAUCUCAAAUCCGUCUCGAUGAUCUCGAACUUGGUUCUCAACCCCUUAUUGGCUGGUAUAAAUUAUUCCAUAGCUCAUCUUUAGCUGGAACCGGACCAGUUAGAAAAGAUUCCGACGUAUCAGUUGGCGGUGCUCAACAAUAA